UAGUUUAGCGAGGUGCUGCUUUUUCGCAUACUGUAUAGAAGGGUUCAAUCUUGAUCUUCAAAAAUGGCCACUUUUAAUGAAAAGAAGACAUGCAGCCAACGGAUGGAAAAUUUUAGCCGCUUUCUAUGGAAUCCUGACACAUCAGAAUUUAUGGGAAGAACGGGAAUCAAAUGGGUGUACAUUGUUUCUUACUAUAUAGCUUUUUACAUUGUUAUGAUUGGAAUGUUUGCUCUUUCCAUCUACUCCCUAAUGAAAACCAUCAGCCCUUACGAACCGUUUUAUCAGGACCAAAUAAAGUCACCAGGUGUGACGAUGAGGCCAGAUCUAUAUAGCGAUGAUGCCUUAGUGUUAUAUUAUAACAUGUCCAACAAAGCAACAUAUGAACCAUCUGUGAAGGCUUUGAUCCAGUUUCUUCAGCCAUACAACACAACAAGACAGCAAGAAACGAAUAAAAAUUGUACUGGUGUCACUGAUGUGGCAGCUUUCUUGUCCACUUCUGAUCGCUCAAAGCAUGCAUGUCAGUUUUUGGAAUCAGAGCUUGGAGACUGUGCCUAUAAUCCUGAUGAUAAAGACCCUUUUGGAUUUCAAAAAGGACAGCCAUGCAUUUUUAUAAGAAUCAACAGGAUAGUACAUUUUGUACCUCGGAAUCACUCAACUCCAACACUUAAGUGCUUACCAAAGACCAAAGAAGAAACCUGGGAGGUAAAAUAUUAUCCAGAGGAUGCAUCCUUUAACUUGCAGUAUUUCCCAUACUAUGGAAAAAAAGCUCAGCCUACCUACAUCAACCCAAUGGUGGCAGUGAAGUUGGUGAAUGUUCCACACAAUAAAUUGAUUGAAGUCGUGUGUACAGUUCAUGCUGAUGGAAUUAUUACAGACAAUAUCCAUGAUCCAUAUGAAGGAAAAGUGACAUUCAAACUUAAUAUACAAGGUUAAAGUACCCUUCGUGAUAAGACUGAAAGAUUCAUCCUCCUAAGGAAGAAGAAUUUUGCCAACAGUGGUCAUCUCUGUGCUCUGGUUUUGCCUGCAACAAAAAAUUCGCUCAAAUACACUGUCACGUAACAAGUUAGGAGAAAAGGACAAUGCAACGAUCUACAUAUUAUUUUUAGACAUAUACUGAUAUAUAUGAGAUUUAAAUAAAUGAUUAUAUAAAAAUUU